UCUCAGAUACUUUCAGUUUCACUCCUCUCUUCUGCUUCCAGCGAUGGCGUCUGCUGAUCUGAGAAAGGAGCUGGACUGUUCCAUCUGCCUGAGCAUUUAUACAGACCCUGUAACCCUGAGAUGUAGACACAACUUCUGUCGGGUCUGUAUUGAUCGUGUGCUGGAUACACAGGAGGGGUCUGGAGUUUAUUCCUGUCCUGACUGCAGAGAAGAGUGUCAGGAGCGUCCUGCACUGCAGAGGAACAUAACGCUGUGUAACAUAGUGAGAAGUUUCCUGUCUACUCAGCCAGAUCAGGAGGAGACUGGGAUCUUCUGCACUUACUGUAUUCACUCUUCUGUUCCUGCUGCUAAAUCCUGUCUGAUGUGUGAGGCUUCUCUGUGUGAUAAACACCUGAGAGUACACAGCAAGUCAGCCGAACACGUAUUAUGUGAUCCCACCACUGCCCUGGGGAACAGGAAAUGCUCCGUCCAUAAGAAGGUCCUGGAGUAUUACUGCACUGAGGACGCUGCCUGUGUCUGUGUGUCCUGCAGUUUGGCCGGAGAACAUUGGGGACACCAGGUGGAGUUGCUGGAUGUGGCCUCGGAGAAGAAGAAGAUGAAACUGAGAAAUGUUCUGCAGAAACUGACAAUAAAGAGAGAGGAGGCUGAGAGAAGAGUCCAGAGCCUGGUGGAGAGCAGCAUAAGUGAUCAGAAAAAAGCAGCUGGUGUAACAGAGACGGUCACUGUCCUGUUUAGAGACAUCAGGAGACAGCUGAAAGACCUAGAGAAGAGAGUCCUGAGUGAGAUCUCCAGGCAGGAACAGCGUGUUUCACUCUCAGUCUCUGAUCUGAUCCAGCAGCUGGAAAUAAAGAAGGACGAGCUGUCCAGGAAGAUGCGUCACAUUGAGGAGCUGUGUAAUGUGCCUGAUCCAGUGACUGUCUUACAGGAACCAGACACAGGUGAUUGGUGUGAUGCUGUGGACAGAGAGAGACAUGAUAAUCAGAUCCAUGGUGUAGGAGAGCUGGAUGUGGGACAUGUCUCAGAGACAUUACACACAUUAUAUGAUAUAAUAACCGGUAUAAAGAAAGGAAUCUAUGUGCAGGAAUCUACUGACAGAGUGCAGGAUGUAAACCCAGUGGGUAAUACAGAAUCUGAUGUAAUCACAGGUGUAAGGAAAGGAAAUAAUGCUCCAGACCCUACAAAAAAGGCAAUGGAUGUAACACCAGUGGGACAUGCCGAAUCUGAUAUUAUAGCUGGUAUAAAAAUAGGGCUCUAUGUGCACCAAGGUACAAGUAUACUACUGGAUGAAAACACAGCUGGUAAUUAUAUAUGGUUGCCACAAGAUGGUCAACUAUAUAAAGUGACUGACAACAGCUAUACAAGUUGGUCAGAUGAAAGCCAGAAUUAUCCAGAAACACCGGAGAGAUUUCAGCUUUAUAACCAGGUGUUAAGCACCAGCAGCUUUUCCUCAGGGCGACAUUACCUGGAUAUGACUGUCAGUGAAUCAGGGUGGUGGAGUGUAGGGAUGAGCUAUCCCAGUAUAGACAGGAGAGGAUUGGGUAUAAUGACAAGUCCUGGGCUUUGUGUAAACGGUUUUGCAGCCUGUAUUCACUGAUCCAUGAUGGAAAACAGAUUUGGUUACCCGGCAAUUUUACCUGUAAAAAAAUGGGGAUAUAUCUGGACUAUGAGGCUGGACAGCUGUCCUUUUAUGCUC